UGAAUAAUACAUACACAUUACUUCCCAAAUGUGUGUGUCAUUCAUGUAAUUGCUUGCAAUGUCCGACAUUAGUGACUAGUGAGUCCCCUGCGUUCCUUCGAUGUGGUGCAUUUCCACUAAUUCAAUUAUUGUAAUUAGGAAAUGGACGUUGUGAUUAGACAGUUAGGCCGGUAGAUAAACAAUGCAGAGUAUUUUUUUCUUGUCUAGUCUAUCGUGUCCCUGUGGUAUCUACGAAUGAGAUCAUUCGUCAUCAUUGAAUCAGUAACAUGUAUGACAACGUUAAAUAAAUGGAAUCAUACUGAUUACGGUAAUGUCAACUCAGUGUGCCAUACCCUAACCUGAAACUGACAACAAUCCUAGUCACUCAGUCCUUGUCAGUUAUGUCCUGACAGUUGAACGACAAAGUGGGCAUUAUUGAAUUUAUUAAACAAAAUGGCAGAGCCAGAGUUUACUCUUAGUAAGGCCCUCGGAUUUAUUGCAUCGGGGGCCAUGAUAUUUGGUGGUGUUGUGCCAUAUAUUCCACAGUACAGGGAAAUCAGGAGGAAAGAUGAUGCUGAAGGAUUUUCACUUUAUGUCUGUCUGGCUUUGCUCAUCGCUAAUACUUUGAGGAUAAUUUAUUGGUUUGGAAAACGUUUUGAGCUGCCUCUCCUGCUACAAAGUAUUCUGAUGAACAUAACAAUGCUUGUGAUGAUAAGGCUCUGCAUAACCGUUCGAAAUAAAAACCAAAUCAUCAAAGCUAAGGAGCGGACAUUCACAGAUUUGGACAUUAAAUACUUUUGGAAAUGGACAGACUUCCAGUCGUAUUUGGAUUUCAUACUCCUGUUUGGAGUAGCUGGUGGAUUUCUCAUGUAUUUAUUCGCCGAUUAUCCGAUAUUUGUGGAGAGUGUAGGCCUGCUUGCUGUACUAACCGAAGCAAUGUUGGGUGUACCUCAAUUUUUACGUAAUCUUCAUAAUAAAUCAACUGAAGGAAUGAGCAUAGCUAUGGUGACAAUGUGGACUGUUGGUGAUACAUUCAAGACUUGCUAUUUUGUCCAAAGAGAAGCACCCAUUCAAUUCAGUAUUUGUGGAGUUCUACAGGUUAUAGUUGAUACGGCGAUUCUGCUCCAAGUCUAUCUAUAUCAAGUUAAUCUUGCAUCCCGGCCGGAUCUACGGACUGAUUAGAAGUCAAUCUAGGAUAUUAACACUUUCGUGGCCAUGCUAAUAUUCCAAAGUAACACAGUAUCUUCCUGUCUACCUAGAAAUUACGUAAUUUUUAUAGCCUUUUUUGUGUGUUGUGAAUUCGUCAUGGUAAUAGUUACGUAAUAUCCAAGAAUAUUGAAUUAUUCUGUUUCAAAAUGCUAUAACGUUACCACAGUGAUGUACUGAUUAUAACUUAUUAUAUCGUAGUAGUUAGAUGAGCCUUUCCUUGUGAGAAAUUGUCAUCAUAUUUGCUGACGAUGUGACGUAAUGAGAAAUAUUCACGGUGUGAAUAUUCUAUUCAUAAAAUAUUUUUUUAAUAUAAAA